AUGCCUGUUAGAGAUUAUCUUUGUACUGUGAAUAUGAAUAUAUGCUAUUCUAUUGAUGGAGGAUAUAGAUCUUAUCAUGUUCCGCAAAAUCAACUUCAUAACUAUAUAAGUUAUUCUGAGCAUAAGAGACGCCAAUUGUCUGAUAGACUAAAACCUGCUCGUCAAAUGACGCCUGCUCCUAUGACGAUAGUUAAAGAGAUGUGUGAAAAUUUCAUAACAAGUUUUAUCGAUCAUAACAUUCAGAAUACAAUACCAGAUAAACUAAUUCACGAUGGGUCCUGGAAAGAAUCGGAAGAAAAAAUCGCGGAUGUUAUAAAAGAAGUUUUAAUUCUUCUGGAAGAUAUUUGGAUUAACCCAGCUUUUAAUUCUGAACUUGCGAAAUCGCUAAAUGAAGGAACCUAUCAAUCAACAGUUAUUCUAUUGUCUAUUCGAGCAACAUUAAAAAAUCUUCCUUUUAGAUUAUCCUCAUUUAUCA